AUGAAGAACAUAACUAGUAUAUGGCAGGGUCUGAAACCGGAGAUUUUAAUGGUGUUAGUGCAGAUUGCAAUUGCUGCUGUCAAUAUAAUAUACAAGCUUGCAAUAAAUGAUGGAAUGAGCAUGAGAGUAGCCGCAGCAUAUCGUCUCAUUUGUGCAUCACUUUUCACUAUCCCUAUUGCUCUUAUCUUUGAUAGGAAGAAUAGAGCAAAGAUUACUUGGAGUGUGCUCUCCAAGACUUUUCUGUGUGGAUUGUUUGGGGGAAGUUUGUAUCAUAAUCUUCAUCUUGAGGGUCUGGCUUUGACGUCCGCAACGUUUAUGUUGGUCACGUUCAACCUAAUUCCGGCCAUUACUUUCAUCAUGGCUGUAUGCUUAGGAAUGGAUAAAUUUAAUUUGAGAGCGGUAGAAGGAAAGACGAAGGUGAUUGGAACAUUAAUGGGAAUGUGUGGUGCAAUGUUGAUAAUUUUUUUUAAAGGUGUAGAAAUUCAUAUUUUGUCUUCCAAUAUCAACCUUUUGCAUCCACAUCACAACAAAAAUAAGCAAGUCACAUCUCACCAUGCUGACAUUCGUAAGAAGUUGUUAGGUGUAGCAGUUGCACUAGCAAGCAGUUGCUCUUUCUCUAUGUGGCUUAUCAUUCAGGCUAAACUGAAUCAGGAAUACCCUAGUCAUAAUUCAAGCGCAGCUUUAAUGGCCAUAAUGGGAGCCAUUCAAGCAACACUUAUAGCUCUUUUUGUUGAAAGAGAUUGGAACCAAUGGAAGCUAGGAAACAACCUCAGGAUUCUUGCCGUUGUUUAUCCAGGAAUUACAGUCUCUGGAUUAGUUGUUAUAACUAUGGCGUGGUGCAUAAGGAUGAGGGGCCCUCUAUUUGCAUCUAUUUUCAAUCCUCUACAACUCUUAAUUGUAAUUAUAGCUGCUUAUUUAUUGUUGGAUGAACAAUUAUAUUUGGGAAGCAUGCUUGGAGCAAUGGUGAUUGUGUGCGGUCUCUAUGCAGUACUUUGGGGUCAAGGCAAAGAAAUUAAAAAUAAAACGAAGAUAUUAGAAAUCAAAAGAAUGGCUGAAAAUGAUGAGCUUGUUGUUAUUUCCAUGCCUGUUCCACAUGAUAGUGUCAUCCAAAGCUACCAGAGUUCAACCAUUGUUAAAGAGAUCAAUGUUGUUAAUGAACAAUAA